AUGUCCUGGCUGCGUUUCUGGGCCCCGUGGCUUCUUGUGUUGCUACCAUUGUGGCUGCCUGUCCAGGCAGCCCAGCCUCCGGGUUGGGCCCUGGAUCCUGUGCAGCUGACCCCCAGACCCCCAGGGCCAACCGAGUCCUGGUCUUCAGAUCCCUCCAAUCUCCCUCUUGAAUUUCGCCAUCCACGUCAACAAGUGAUGCAUCCUGUAGUUCCUUUCUGGUACACAGGUCCAGCUGGAGAGCUGCCCCCAGGACCAAAUCUUUGGGACAAGCCUGACCAGCAUGAAAGUCAGCCAGAGGUGGUUCCGGUGGUGGAUUUUCAGGAUCAGCAUCCAGAGUCCCCUGAAGAGCUAGAACCACUUCCAUUGAAGCAGGAGGUUUUGUCUCAGCUUCCAGAGCCCCCAGAGAUGGAUGAGAACUACAAAGACCUGCAGGCGGCCCUGGCUGAGCCUUCCUACACUCCUGAAGAGGCUGAGCCUCCAGUCCAGGAGGAAGCCCUAGCUCCAUCUUCAGCACGCCCUCAGGGGACACUUCCACAUCCCGGGCAGGUUCCCAGUCAGCGUCCAAACCUGACUCAGGUCACAGCUGCACCUGUGGACCUGGACGUUUCCGGACCUCAGCAGCCAGAGCCAUCUGAGACAGGUUUUCCAUCACUGACUCAAAAUUCAGUGGUGAACACCACCAAAAACAACAUAUGUGAGCUCUGUAGCUGCACAGAUGAGACGCUGGCAUGCGUAGGUCUCAGCCCAGAGCAGAAGCUCCAGAGUGUGCCCGUGCCAGAGCCCAACGCUCACAAUGGCACCUUCACGAUCUUAAAUUUCCAAGGAAACUCUAUUUCUUACGUUGAAGAAAAUACAUGGAAGUCAUACACUUGGGCUGAGAAACUAGAUUUAUCCUGCAAUAAAAUACAAUCUAUUGAAAGACGUACAUUCGAAUCACUACCUUUUCUGCAGUUUAUAAAUCUUGGUUGCAAUCUAAUUACAGAACUGAGCUUUGGAACAUUUCAGGCCUGGCAUGGAAUGCAGUUCUUACACACAUUAAACCUCAGUCUUAAUCCUCUGACAACUGUUGAAGAUUCUUAUUUUCUCAAAUUGAGAGCAUUAAAAUAUUUAGACAUGGGAAAAACCCAAGUGACACUUAAAACACUUGAGAGCAUCGUCAUGAUGAGCCCCAAGUUAGAAAAACUGAUUUUACCUAGCCGUAUGGCCUGCUGCCUCUGCCAAUUUAAAAGUAAUAUUGAGGUUUUCUACAAUACAGUCAAGCUGCAUUGUGACAGUGAAUGUCUGACAAACAUCGCAUAUUGUGAUGAUGAAACAUCUAUAGGGAACCCAGAAGGGUCGUUCAUGAAGGCAUUACAAUCCCGGAGGAAGAGUAACAGCCCUGAGCUGACUAUCGAGCCAGAGAAGGCGGCCGCAGACAAAGAUGCCAUCAGUUGGUCAGCCUUCAAAAAUGAGCAAGAAGACUUUAGCAAGGAAAGUGUUGUUAGUGCACUAAGCUACAUAUUACCUUAUUUCUCUGAUGAAUAUCUGGAAGGUGCAGAAUCAGCACUAUUACAAUUCAUUAAUCAACUUCUUUCAAACCUACAAGGAGUAGAUGAGCCUGUGGGGCAUUUGCAAAACAACGUAGAGAACACUUCUCUUCCACCUGAAUCCAGCAUUUCAGCUUACAAAAAUAAACAGGGAAUAAUCUCUGUUCUGGAAGAUAUCAUAGAUGCCAUGCCUCUACGUUCCAAACUUCUGAAUCCCAGAUUUCACCCCCAAAUCUCCACCAAAACGUUGGAAACUGCCCAAUUACAAGAAAACAGCCCACCAGACAUUCAGAGAAUAGGGAGGAGGCUGGGGCCUUUGAAGGUGGUCAUCAAGGGCCCAAAGGGCAUUCGGGAGAGGCGACGCAGACAAAUGAGGAAGGCUGGCAUCAACGGGAAGCAGAGGGCCCAGCUCCUUGCGGAGAGCACGGCCGAGGAAAAAGGCAUCACGACCCCAUCCCCAAGGGCGCCGGAGCAGCCUCACGUGGAGCAGCCCCCCAGGGAAACCGCAGGAAGCUCCUUCAACCCAGAGUCUUCAUUCCGAGGGGAACAGGAGGCAGCCGUCCCUUCUGUCCAGUACUUGAUGGGCAGGCCUCCUGCUUCCAAUACUCCAAAAUCUCUACCUGAGAUUAAAUCAAAAUCGAAAGACCUAGCUGACAGUAUUUUUGUUUUAGAAGCUGCAAGUGCUGGAAUGAGAAAUAUGAAGGCUUCUGAACCAACCUCACACUUAAGAGAAAAUUACCUCUUUCCUGAAUCUUUGCGGCAUGCGGGUCACAAAAUACUCAAGGACAAAAUGAGUAGACAGUUCAGCAAUAAAGGUUCACACAAUAGCCCGAUGGUUGUGAACAAGCCUCCACUCACUGCAGUGAGCCUUAUAAACUCCCCUUCACAAGAGGCUUUUUCAUCAUCAGAACUGACUUUUCAGAAAAAUAAUUUUCCAGAUUUGUUUUCUCUUUUGGAUCCAACUCUCAAACUGACCACGGAAACACAACAGGAACAUGACAGUGUGGGCACUGGCUUACCCUCCACAUCCACAGCCUUCCCUUUCCCAGGGAGCUCAACUGCAGGUGACCACCCCGAAGCUCAGCUAAACGAGCAGCUGCGGUCCCUCAUCACCGACAGUGAUGUGAGAAGGCUCAUUUCUCGUGUUUGCUGGACUUUGAAAACGGGCUGCUCGGAGACCCACCUGAAACCAGCCUGUGCCAAGCUCAUCUUCCAAACUGGCCUCCUGAUGAAGCUUCUCAGCGAGCAUCAAGAAGCAAAGGAGCCCAGGGCAGACUGGGAUACAGACCAGUGGGAAACAGAAAACUACAUCCACGGGAGUCCAGAAGCCCAGAGUGAACAGGAAGAGCAGGAGUUCCGUGAGUUCCCAAAAGUUCUGGUGCAUGGGUAUCAAAUCAAAGUCAUCUUGGCAUUGUCAGUGACAGGAGCAGUGCUGGUGUUGAUUACAGCUUUCUGUCUCAUUAAGAUGUGCUCCCGUAGAAGAGCAGCGCUGGAUGAAGAAGAACGCUCAGGGGGCUUCUUUCCACUUCCUGAUAAACCCUCAGAAGAGCGUAAGAAUCAGAAGGGCUUUUCCUGGAGAAGGCGGCUUUGGCUCCGGAAUAUGUACAGAACUGUCAGUCCCCCACGUGAGAAAAACCUGGCACAGAAUGUACUUGAGAAGGAUGGAGGGGAGCUCAGUGAAGUCAUAAUAGAGAAGAAUGUGACGUCAGGGUCGGGUGAGGAAGGAAAGGGAGCGAAGCGCAAGAAACCAGCACAGAGGGAGCCCCAGCCUGCCCCGGGCCACCUACAAUAAAAUGUGUAAUUCUCUCUCCUUGAAAUGUGUAAGCUCAUAACCAAUCCUGGCCGUCUGGUAAGGAAUUAAAGUAUAAAUUGUUAAAUACUUACGUGCAAAUAACAAGUGCCAUAGGCAUGAAAAGCAGGGCUGAGGCCAGAAUCCCUCGCGGCAGCCACUCCUUCCGCAGAGGUAAUGCGGACAAAGAAGGAUAAAUGAGGUGUCCCUCCCUCGUUUCCCCAAUAUCAUCAGUCCCUGGAAACUGGGAAACAUAUCAUCCUCGAGGAGUGUAGAUUAUUAAGUCAAGGAAGUUUCUUCUGGGGCUCUCUCUCUCUCCCCUGGUUCGUCAAGUACCAGUUCUUUACAACCUCCUGACCUCCGGCCCACAGAGGAUCGCCCACUGCUGGCCCCUCUCACAGGGUCUUUUGGAGGCCAACAUGUAGCCUCUACAUCACAUAUUGCAUGAUUCCAUUUAUACUAAAUGUCCGGAAUAAGAAAAUCCAUAGCUAAUGGAUAAGGGACUUCCUUACAGGGUGAUGAAAGUGUGCUUGAAUCAUGUAGUAGUGAUGUUGCACAACCUUGUAAAUAUACUAAAAACCACUGAAAUGUAUACUUUAAAAUGGUGACUUUUAUGGCAUUUGAAGCAUAUCUCAAUAAACAAAGAUGACCUAUCAGAGAAAA